UUCCAUUUAUAUAGACCCAACUCAUCUUCUCCUCACCCUUCAUAGCCAAAUUAGGUCUAAGGAGAAAUCGAAACUCCACCAUGCCAUCUCUCUCGCCACCUCACUAUUUCGAUCUAAGCUGUGUCCAAGGAGUCCCAGACUCCCACUGUUGGACAGCAACGGAAGAGCACCAGGUAAUCACUGACCCAGCUAACCCGGCCGACGGUCUUCCCGUCAUCGACCUUGCCGACAUCGACGCAGCCCAACGGACUUGCCAUGCUCUCGAAACCCUGGGAGCCUUCCAGCUCACUGGCCACCGCAUACCCGGCAGCGUCCUUGAUGGACUAGAAUCACAGGCCCGGCGGCUAUUCGCACUCCCGGCCGACGAGAAACUCAAAGCUGCCCGCUCGCCGGGCACAAUCUCAGGCUACGGCUUAGUCCCAAUCUCCUCCUUUUUCGCCAAGCUUAUGUGGUCGGAAGGCUUCACCGUGUCCGGGCCGCCUCGAGCCCACGCCGCCGCCCUCUGGCCCCAUAAUCCAAACCCUUUUUGUGGGGCCGUAGAAGCAUACAGCGAGAGCAUGAGGUCUUUAGGCCAGCAAAUCGCAGGACUAAUUCUGAGAGCUCUCGGGCUUAAAGAAGAAGAUGGCAGGGCAAUUACGAACCAGAUGGACGGCGUGCUGCAGCUUAAUUGGUAUCCCUCCUGCCCUGACCCGACCCGAGCCGUGGGAAUGGCAGCCCACACCGACUCCGCUCUCAUCACCGUUCUUCAUCAAUCCAACGGCAGCAGAGGACUCCAAUUCCUUCGGACCGAGGAAAGCAACCCGGCCCGAUGGCUCCCCGUAACUCCACUUCCCGGUUCCCUCAUCGUGGUCGCCGGGGACCUCCUCCAUGUCUUCUCAAACGGGAGGUUCAGGAGUGCGGUUCACCGCGUCAUGGUUACCCGGGCCGCCCGGUUCUCCGCGGCGUAUUUCUGCGGGCCGCCGAAGGAGCUGUCCGUGGGGCCCGACCCGAAGCUAGUGGACUUGAAGCGGGGCCCGCAGUUUAGGGCAGUGACGUGGGCAGAGUAUCGUGGGAUUAAGGGGAAGCUAUUUCAGGGCGCAAUCGAUGAGAUAAGGCUAUCACCAUCCGAAGCCGCCGGCUGCGGGGAUGAUUCCAUAUAAGGAAACAAGUAAAAUUGCUACUAUAAAUCGUUUUUUUUUUUUCUGG